GCUCGAAGGGCGCGGGGUGGGCCCGGCUUCGGCACCGCCUGCACCCUCCUGCCGCCCUCGAGGUGCGGUACCGCCGACACCUGUGCCGCUCCGCAGCCGCCGCCACCAUGGCCAAGGGCAUCUUGAACAUGCUGAAGUCGAAAAAAGAACUCAUUCCCCUGGCCGGAAUAUUGUCCUUGGCAGCAGCUGGGGCGUUCUCUUUUUGUCUCUAUUCCCUAUUCAGCAAAUCUGACGUGAUCAUUCACAAGAUUGGCAGUUCAGAGCCAUGGGAAACUAUUGAUCCUGCCAAGCCUCAGAAGCUGGUAACAAUCAAUCAGCAGUGGCAACCUAUAGAAGAGCUGGAAGAGGUCAAAAAACUUACGAAGUGAGAAGUUUCUGUUGCCUCAAAAAGGUACCCUAUGAAUCUAGUGGAAUCACUUCUGCACAAACUUGACUACUGAAAUCAGUGUGCGGAAAUGCUUCUGCUACAUUUUUAGGGUCUCCCUACAUUUUUUUUGACUCUGGAUGAGGAGUUUCAUGUUGCUUUAGAAGUUGGCAUACAGCAUCCACAUAGUCCAAAAAUCUGACUCAAAAUAUUCAUUUUCAAUAAGCAUUUGAUGUAAAUUUUUUGAGUCUUCAGAUGGUAAUUAUAAAUUUAAAAAGCCUUCAUAGUUUUUAUAGAAUUUCAGGAUUUCUUUCAAAAUACAUUAGUUUAAUAGUAAUAAAAUAAAUUCUAAUUAAUUAGUAAUAAAUUCUAAAUAAUUAGUAAUAAAAUAAAUUCUAAACUUAUACAUUUCAUUUAAAUUGCCCAUAAGCCUUUCUUAAUUGGGAUUCCUGUUGUCCUUGCUUUCUAUUCUGUAUUUCAAUGUUAUAUAGAGACCAAAGUCAUAGUCAGAGGAGGUCUUUGUAUGCCAGCAAAUGUGGUCAUAAAGUAGCCUUGCAUUCCUUGUCAAUGUUAGAUGUGGGGACAGAUUAAGUCAAAACUAAUGUGCUGCAAAUACUGAAACUUGAAAUAAUCUUAACGUUGCAUAAAUAUUUGUUUAUCUAGUAAGGAUGACUCAGCAGCAUUUAUGUUUUAGAGUAAGAGAAACUACUAGUCUUUAGAAUAAGUCCUUAGCUUCCAUUUUAAGGAAUGACAUUACAAGAAGAUUGAAUAGCAUAGAAAUAGAAAAAAUACAGUGCUGAGGAAUGAAAGUUUUAAGUAUUUUAAAACAGAAAAUAUUUUACUAUAUUUCUCUGUAUUCCCAUAUUUCUACUGGACUGUAGCAAAAACAAAGUGCUGUGCUCUGAGUUCGUGUAUUAAUUGAUUUUGUUCUUCAGUAAGUCACUUUCUUUGGCUACAAAUAGUAUGAUCUAAGUAUCUGUCAACAUUGGGAAAAUAAGUGCAAGUAAUUUUUAGUUCAUUUUGUAUUUAGCCACAUUUCAGUGAUGUUUCCAGUAGCACAUUAAGCAGUGUGACUGCUGUCAGUCACAGGUUGUUGCUUCUCUUACCAUAUCCUGCAGCAUAACAGCUCUGGUAAUAAAACUGUUUUGCUUUGUAA